AUGUUGGAGAGCCGGCCCAAGGCCGUGCUGGCCUUCCUUAGCAUAAUCAACCUCGUCAAUUACUGCGACCGCGGCGUCAUUCCCGGCGCGCCCAUCCAGUUUGGCUCGUUUGUCUCCUGCACGCUCGGCGUGGCGGCGUCGCAGCAGUCCGUGUACGUCGGCUUGAGCGUCUCCGCUUUUGUCGUGUGCUAUGCGAUCGCGUCGCCCAUCUGCGGGCAGCUGGUGCUCUCGCAGCCCGCCUUCCGCAUCCUCGGCAUCGGGCUCUCCAUCUGGGUUGCCGCGCUCCUCCUCUCUGGCCUCGCCUACUUUGCGGGCGACGCGCCGGGCGCCUUCCUGCUCUUCCUCGCCGGCCGCGCUCUCUCCGGGGUCGGCGAGGCGGCCUUCCAGUGCAUCGUGCCGCCCUACGUGGAGGACUUUGCGCCCGCGGCCUACAAGGGCCUCUGCCUCGCUCUCUUCUACACGGCCAUCCCGGUCGGCACUGCGAUCGGGUACGAGUUCGGCGCCCUGCUCGCAGAGGGGCCGGGCUGGGGGUGGGCCUUCCUCCUCGAGGCGGCGGCGAUGGCGCCCUUCGCAGCGCUCGCCUUUCGCCUCCCCCCCGCCUCGGCCCUCUCCGCGCGGCCGGCCGCCGCCGCCUCGCUGCUGGCCGCCGCGGCGCCGCUGCAGCAGCAGGAGGAGCCGCCGACCCCCUCCCCGCACGAGGCGGUGGCUGCUCUCUCCGCGCGGCCCGACGGCGCGGUCGGCGCCCCCGGCGGCAGCUGCGCCCCCGGCGGCCCGCGCGAGGCCGCGGUGACUCUCUGGGCGCAGCUCUCUCUCCUCCUCUCCUCGCCGUCGUACGUCUGCCUCGUGCUCGGGUACGCCGCCGAGACGGCGACCGUGAUCGGCGCCCCGACGCGAGCCGGCACGCCGCACAGCGCACAGCACGCGGCGGCGCGCGAGGCGGCCCUUGUGAGCGGCGUCAUCUGCCUGCUGAUGCUGUGCGGCCUCUUGUGCAUGGCGGCGGCCGCGGCGGUGGCGGCGACGCCCGAGCUGGUGACCCUCUUCCUCGUUCUGAUGUCGCUCGCCGUCUUCUUCAUCUACGGCACCUCGGCCGGCCUCAGCCGCGUCAUCAUGCUCACCGUGCCGAUGCAGACGCGCCCCUUCGCCCUCGCGCUCCAGACCCUCGGCCUCCACCUUUUUGGGGACGUGCCGUCGCCCGUCAUCAUCGGCGCCGUCAAGGACUCGCUCGCACCGCACUGCGGCAUUGUCUUUGGGAACGACACCGCCUCGGGCUGCGGCGGCGAGAGACCGCCCAGAGACCGCCCAGAGACCGCCCAGAGACCGCCCAGAGAGAGCCGAGGUGUGGCCGAGGUGUGGCCGAGGUGUGGCCGGCUUGCGGCGGCGCACACCCGCGCCGCAUCGAGGCGUCCCUUGCUCGGGCAGGAGACCGCCUCGCCGGAGCUCUGCCCCUUCCGCAUAGGCGCGGACCUCGGCCACCUCAACCCUCAGUGCGCCGCCUCUCCCGAGGACGUGCGCGGCCUGCACCUCACCAUCUGGAUCGCGGUGCUGUGGUCCAUCUGGGCGGUCGUGCUGUGGGCCGCAGCCUUCGGCUUGCUCCUGCGGCGAGCGAGGCGGAUCGGGGAGGGCGCGGCGGCGAGCGGGAGUGGCUGAUGCGCAGUGGGACUCACUCGGGCAGGGCGCCGGGCUGGGGCAGCAGAUGUGUGCAUCUCGAUGUGUGAACUGACACUUUUUGCCGUGUGUGCGGUGGGUGAGUAGUCACAUGCCGUCACCGCGGCCACACUGUCCCAUGCAGCAUGCAGUGUGUGAGACAGAGGGAGCGUGUCGCAGCGAGUCAUAUCUUAAACCUUUAAUGGUG